AUUCGUCCUAUAUUACGGAGUAUGUAAGGGUUAAAUCUCGAUGUAAUAUGUAAAAUUAUCUUUGCACUCUUCUACGUUUGUAUAAUCUCACAAAUUCUAGAUUUACUUCUCCAAAAAUUGAUAUAUUUGAUUCACUAAGCUAUAAUUUAACCUAUCUCAUCUUUGUAAGGGGCACCACACACUUGAUCCCCUGCAAUUUUUCGCUUUGUAUAGUCAAUUAAAAGGAUUUCACAAAGGUUUUUGCUACAGUUGAUUCUAUUGAUGCUGAUAGUUCAACUACCAGUUUAUUCUCUGUAAGGUUUUGAAGUUCGUCUACUUUUAAGGUCCUUACUAACGAAUGAUUCUACUCACACUGGCAUGUUGUAACUAAAUGGAUAUAUCAUGGUAACACUUAUUAUUGACAUAUUCCGUCAAUUAUGUUGUUUGUGGAUUUCCAUAGUGAUUGACGUUGAAGUGAACAAACUAAGCCUCUUUGCUUUAGUACAAGAAGGCAGAUUUGGACCUUAUUCUUGUCAAAAAUGCCUUUAUUUUGCAUCGUUAACUCGUGGAUCAAUAGUGGUCUUUUUAUUAUAUGCCUUUAAGCUUUUGCACUAUGGAUAUUCCCUUUUGUUUGGAGUUAGCUGUGCUUUAGUAGAUCCUGGUUUGGUGUCUGACUGAAACGGUAGGCAAGCUAACAACGUUUUAAGAAUGGAUUAUUAAACACAAAAGGUCCGGUUGUAACAUUGUUGAGGAAUAGUUUUGGUGUUUGGGGAGUAUUUUGAAGGUUAUAUCGGUCUUAUCUUCUUUUCAAUACACGUCAUAUCUUAGCCACAGACUUUUGUUCUAAGCCCUUAAUAACCUUUUAAUGGUCUAUCAGUCACAGCUUAAAACCUGAUACAUUCGUCUGUCCAAGUCACCACUUUAUUUGUCUAAAUAUAUAAACAGUGGUACAAGGAGGUACGAAUUAUGUAUGCACCACGCUUCGUCAUUCGAUUCAUGUGAGGACUGGGAUACUGACCGGGCUCCCAAACCGAGGCAAGUUACCAUACUGCGUUGACACAGCGAAAUGAAAUUAUUAAGACAUCUCAGAUUAGUGAAUCAGUAAUAAAAUCAGUAGUAGAGAAUAGACGUAGAAAGAAGGUAUAAAGUGAUCUUGGGACCCAAGUUCUAAAGUCAGACAGCGUGAGUGUACACUUUCCAUCGGAAACGGUCUUGAGCCUUGUCACUCAAAGUCAUUAACCACCGAUUGCGAUAAUCAUGCGUUCCCCGACCAAGUAGUCUACACAUUAAUAUUGCUCAUCCCAACAAUCAGUGACUUCACAAGUAUGCUACAAUUUGGUUUGGGAGCCUCUUUCCUACUCCUACACAAGAAAAUAGUCGUCAAUUUAGACAGUAGUUGGGGAUACGCUGCCUAUAUCUCAACCACCUCAGUUGGUGAAGAUUUACUAUCCCCACCUUUUCGUGGACUAGGAAUAUUAGUGUUUUGCCCAUAUCAGACUCAUUAUGUAAUCUUAGUGUUGGAGUCAACUAUUGUAUGCGCUGUUUUGUCGAAAUCAACAUAGGGACUUUUAAGUUCACGUUUCGAAUUAUUUCAAAGUCGCCCUGAUGUAAAAGACCUUUCGUUCCCUUCAAACAUGAUUGGACCACAAAAUAUUGGUGAGAUUACUAAAUGUGUAUUUAUAUAGGUAGCAUUGUUGUCAUAUGUAAAACCAAUCGCCUUAAGUGCACCAGCCAUACAAUAACAGUCGAUUGAGAUUUCGUUUGUUUUGUCAUUUACGGCAAGAAUUCGCGACAGUAUCACUACUGUCUUGGGUUUUGAUUAAUAUCUUUUCGUAGACAGAUUUUGUUAAGGCACGAUGAACUAUUCAGAUUGGCACGUAACUUACUUUGUGUCCUAUUUUAAAUCAUCUGCUUUUGGCAAAGUCAAUUACUCACGAGAAAACUCACAACUUCGGACACGGGUAUCCACCGAUGCGGUGCUUAAACCUGGAUUAAAAUUGACCUUGAAGUGCGGAGUUUUCACUAUCGUAUCUACAAAUGCAGUUUUUCUGGGAUCGCUUAUUUUGGGCUUCGAGACUUGGCAAGCUCGUUAUUCCAAAGCAAAAAGUGAUUACGCCAUUAGAAAUUUCAUUUACAAGGUUCGUGAUUGUAUAGAGAAGAUUUUAGGCAGACCUCUGCAAGCCUUUGAUGUUUACUGGGCUAUUGUAGCGUGCAAUAUAUUGGUCUUUCUUGGUCUUAAUAGUAAAUUUUCCUCCACUCUUCUACCUUAUUUCUGCAGCAGUCCAUAUGGGCCCACUCCUGUAUUAUCACUGGUGCUUAGUUUGUUUUCGCACAAAAGUCUAUUCCAUUUGGGUAUCAAUAUGUAUGUUUUACACAGUUUUGCAUCAUCAGUUAUAUCGCUUGUCGGUGUUGAGGAUUUUUUCAGUGUUUUUAUUGCUGGUGGAAUCUUCUCAAGUUAUAUCAGUUUGAUGAAUAAAUUACUACGGAGAUUUGCAUUUCCAUCAUUAGGUGCCAGUGGUGGUAUAUGCGCUAUUAUUGGUGCACUUUCUAUGCUUCAACCAAAUGCUAGGCUAUGCGUACCAUUUGUUGUUGACAUUAUACCUCAUUCAUUUCAAGCGAAUAGUGCAGUUUGGAUUAUUCUUAGCAUUGAAAUAUUUGGGCUUGUAUUCUUAAGUCGUCGUAGUGCAUUAGAUCACGCUGCACAUGCUGGUGGUUUGAUCUUUGGCAUGCUGUAUGGUAUGAAUGGUGUCGAAUCAAUUUGGAAACGACACCGUGAUGUAUUAUCUUGGUGGAAGAGUAUUCAUGAUCGAAAAUAGAAAAAACAGAUUACAAUGAUAUCUUUAGGAUAUUCUCUAUAGUUGUAAUUCCAUAGUAAACAGUCAAUAAAAAAGAUGAUUGUAUGGUUUUAAGAUCAUUACGUGUUGUACAGUGAAUAUAUAUAUGCAUCGUUUGUUUCAGUUAUGUACAAUAUUAUUAUUAUUAUUAUAUUUAUAUAAAAGCCUUUUACUUAUUUGAAUUUGUAUUUUCAUUGAUUAGUUAGCUGUUGGGAUUAUGGUAAAA